GCUUGCAGAAUCCCGGGGACGGUUGCUGAGCGGGCCUGGGAUCCCGGUUGCAGCUCCUUCCGCCUGGGCGUUCCUAGUCUAUUUGUCGGAUCCCGAGCGACCUAACCUGAGCCCGCACUGGACGGGCGGGCUGGACUGAGAGAAUUUCCUGAGCUGGUGUCAGGUGGCACAGGCACUUGGGGAUCUCACCAGAAGGCACAGACAUAGGGGUCAGAGAGAUGGCAGACGAGGCCUUAGCCGGACUGGACGAGGGAGCCCUACGAAAGCUGUUAGAAGUCACAGCGGAUCUGGCAGAGCGGCGGCGGAUCCGCUCAGCCAUCCGGGAAUUGCAGCGACAGGAGCUGGAGCGCGAGGAGGAGGCCCUGGCAUCCAAACGCUUCCGUGCCGAGCGUCAGGACAACAAGGAGAACUGGCUGCACUCUCAGCAGCGGGAGGCUGAGCAGCGGGCUGCUCUGGCGCGGCUGGCAGGGCAGCUGGAGUCCAUGAGUGAUGUGGAAGAGCUGACCGCACUGCUGCGAGGUGCAGCUGAGUAUGAGGAACGCAAGCUGAUCCGAGCUGCCAUCCGCCGUGUAAGGGCCCAGGAAAUCGAGGCCGCCACCUUGGCUGGCAGGUUGUGCAGCGGACGUCCCAACAGUGGCUCAAGAGAAGACAGCAAGGGGCGGGCAGCGCACAGACUAGAACGGUGUGAGGUACCAGAACGAGAGGAACGGGAGCAGCAGGGAGAGGUCGUAGAACCAACCCCAACCCCUGAGCGCUCCAGCCGGGAUGUCACCACAGUGACACUCCUGGUGCGGGCCCCACCUGGGGGCACAAGCAGCCCUGCCUCACCAGUCAGUUCACCCACCACUGCCCCUCCUGAGCCUCCACUGGAGCCUGCCAAGGCCCAGUGUCUGGCUGCUGAGGCUGCAGGCAGCUCCGAGCCACCCCCAAGCCUGCCCACAGCCGCCAGCCCUGAGCCCCAGGAGCCACCAGCAACCCCCAGCACUGAGAGGCAGAUGGCCAACAAGCUCCUGCCUGGCCCCACAGAACCCCCCGUUGCCCAAGGUCCCACCAAAGGUCCCUCCGACACAAGGAGAGCAGACUUGGCUGGACCCCGUGCCUGCCAACGCUCCCUGUCUGUGCUCAGUCCCCGCCAGCCAACUCAGAACCGAGAGCCCACCCCCCUUGCCAGCGGACCUUCCCCGUUCCAGCGGGCUGGUUCCGUUCGGGACCGCGUGCUCAAGUUCACAUCUGAUUCUCCUAUGGCUGCUGGGCUCCAGGAUGGCCCACCCCGGGCAGCCUUAGGUCCCUCGACCCCAGCAAGGCUCCUGGGCCCCUCCCACAUCAGCACCACCCCUGCCUCCUCCUCCAGGAGCUCCUCCUCACAGGGCACCAGGGACGCCUCCUCCCGGGUCAGCAAGGAGCCGCGAGGAACAGCCCGGCCCCUGGCCCAGCUUCAGAACUCCCCCGGGGAGGAGGGCCUAGGGGGGCGGGGCUUGGCCACUAGGCCCCUUGAAAACGGAGCAGGGGGGCCCAUUGCCUGCUCAGAGGAGCCCAGUGCCCCGCUGCCCGUGGCCAUCGGCACUGCCGAGCCAGGGGCCAGUAUGAAGACCACAUUCACCAUCGAGAUCAAGGAUGGCCGGGGCCAGGCCUCCACGGGCCGAGUGCUGCUGCCCACAGGCAACCAAAGGGCAGAACUCACGCUGGGGCUGCGGGCGCCUCCCACCAUCUUCAGCAGCAGCGGGGGAAAGAGCACCAUCACCCAUAUCAGCAGCCCUGGGACCCUGGCCCAGCUGGGCAGUGUCACCCAUGUCACCAGCUUCAGUCAUGUGCCCCCCAGUAGCCAGGGGGGCUGCAGUAUUAAGGCCAGCUACAAAGACUCUGACACUGCCAGCCAGAGGCAGCAGUCCCUACCACUAUUCCCAUCGUCACCCCGCCAUAGAGCCCCCGCCAUCAUGCCGGGGGUGCCGGGGCCCGGGUCUGAGCUGGCUGCAGCCCUCGAGGAGCGACUGGGCCUAGCGCUGGAGGAGCUGCGGGCAGUGGCGGAGGCAGGCCGGGCAGCAGUGACCCAGGCAGCUGAGGCAGCCGCCUCAGCCAUGGAGCCAGUGGCCCGGGCAGCUGAAGAGCUGCGGGCAGAGGCCUCAACACUGAGCCGGCGGCUGGAUGCCCUGGGCAGGCAGGUGGAGGUGCUAAGCCUGCGGCUGGGGGUCCCACUUGUGCCUGACCUUGAGCCUGAGCUGGAGCCCAGUGAGCUGCUCCUAGCCACUGCCGACCCCGAGGCCCUCUUCCAGGCAGCCGAGGAUGCUGGGACCCCCGUGGCCCACCCUCCUGCCUUCAGCACCCGCCGCCGCUCCUCUGUUGGCCCUGCCCGAAGCAGCAGUCUCAUGGAGCCGGAGCCGGCAGAGCCCCCUUCUGCAGCAGUGGAAGUAGCCAAUGGUGCCGAGCAGACCCGGUUGGACAAAGCGCCAGAGAGGCGGAGCCCACUGAGUGCUGCAGAGCUGAUGGCCGUCGAGGAUGAGGGUGUGCUGGACAAGAUGCUGGAUCGGACUACAGACUUUGAGGAGCGGAAGCUUAUCCGAGCUGCCCUCCGUGAGCUCCGACAAAGGAAGAGAGACCAGAGGGACAAGGAACGGGAGCGGCGGCUGCAAGAGGCACGGACCCGGCCAGGGGAAGGCCGUAGCAACAUGGCCACCGAGACCACCAUGCAGCGCAGCCAGCGGGCAGCCGACGGCUCAGCUGUCAGCACUGUCACCAAGACUGAGCGGCUUGUCCACUCCAAUGAUGGCACUCGGACAGCCCGCACCACCACAGUGGAGUCGAGUUUCGUGAGGCGCUCGGAGAAUGGUGGCGGCAGCACCAUGGUGCAAACCAAGACUUUCUCCUCAUCGUCAUCCAAAAAGAUGGGCAGUAUCUUCGACCGCGAGGACGAGGUCAGCCCACGGCCUGGCAGCCUAGCGGCACUUGAAAAACGCCAGGCAGAGAAGAAGAAAGAGUUGAUGAAGGCGCAGAGCUUGCCCAAGACGUCGGCUUCCCAGGCACGCAAGGCCAUGAUUGAGAAGCUGGAGAAGGAAGGCGCUGCGGGCAGCCCUGGCGGACCCCGCACAGGCAUACAGCGCUCCACCAGCUUCGGGGUCCCCAAUGCCAACAGCAUCAAGCAGAUGUUGCUGGACUGGUGCCGAGCCAAGACUCGAGGCUACGAGCAUGUGGACAUCCAGAACUUCUCCUCGAGUUGGAGUGAUGGCAUGGCCUUCUGUGCCCUGGUGCACAACUUCUUCCCGGAGGCCUUCGACUAUGGGCAGCUCAGCCCACAGAACCGGCGCCAGAACUUCGAGGUGGCCUUUUCAUCUGCUGAGACCCAUGCGGACUGCCCGCAGCUCCUGGACACAGAGGACAUGGUGCGGCUUCGAGAGCCUGACUGGAAGUGCGUGUACACGUACAUCCAGGAGUUCUACCGCUGUCUGGUCCAGAAGGGGCUGGUAAAAACCAAAAAGUCCUAACCCCUGCUCGGGGCCCCACGGAUGCUGGUGGACUGCGUGCCCCUGGUGGAGGUGGAGGACAUGAUGAUCAUGGGCAAGAAGCCCGACCCCAAGUGCGUCUUCACCUAUGUGCAGUCGCUCUACAAUCACCUGAGGCGCCACGAGCUGCGCCUGCGCGGCAAGAAUGUCUAGCCUUCCCGCCCGCAUGGCCCGUCUGCAGCAAGCUGCCGCACCAUCCAGGCACCAUCUCCUCCUUGUUCUUCUGCCCACCGCUGCCUUGUCUGUUGCGACACCCUCCCCCGCCUACACAUGCAGCGUUUUGAUAAAUUAUUGGUUUUCAACGA